UAUGUAUGAUUUCAGUCGACCGGGACUUGAUUAAAUAAAAAUCUCUUCUCGGUUUGUUGUCGCUUUAUAUUUAAAAUGGUUUCAUUUUUCCGAGCCUCGGUCGGUCCGUGAAGGCCUCAGCAGCGGUGAGUGGUCGCGCGCUAAUCAGCUCUGAUUAAACUCACCUGUCGGACUGACGGCGGCGGCUCGAGCUGUUGUUUCGGACCUUGUAACCGGAGCGAGUUCACCGUGAACGUUCCCGUCAGUUUACCGGCGGCGGGAUGCAGAAAGGCCUGAAGAAGUACUUCGUCAACAUGGACGAGUACCUGUGCAGUCUGGGCCUGUACCGGAAGAUGGUCGCCCGGGACGCGUCCAGCCUGUUCAGGGCCGUGUCCGAGCAGCUGUAUUACUCUCAGAACUACCAUCAGAAGAUCCGUCAGGAAUGUGCCAACUUCAUGAGAGCCAACACCUGCAUCUUUGAGCCAUUUGUCGAAGGUUCGUUUGAGAAGUAUCUGGAGCGUCUGGAGGAUCCGAAGGAGACGGUGGGUCAGGUGGAGAUCAAGGCUCUGUCUCAGCUCUACAGGCGUUGCUUCCUGAUCUAUCGUUACCCAGGGAAACCAGCCACUGUGAUCUCAGAGGACGACUUUAUUGACAAGGUGACGCUGUGUUGCUCCAUCAACGGUCACUACGACAUCGUCUACCCGAGGAGCUACCCCGCCUCCGCCGCCCUCUGUCAGUCUGUUGUGUACGAGUUGCUCUACACUCAGGUGUUCGGGUGUGAGGAGGCGGAGCUCUGUCAGGCCAUGGAUGCCUUCAGGGUCGGGGGUCGUCGCUAUAGAAACAGCCCAUCAAUGUGUAGUGAUGUCGACAUUGGAUAUGACACACCUGAGGACCGAGGUCACAGCAGGGAAGAGUCUGAGUCGGGCGGAGCUGCUGAGGAGAAACACCGAACUGUGACAGAUGACGGCAAGCUGCCUGCUGAAGCCCCGCCCCCCUCCAGACUGUCUCUGCCCUAUAAAGUGAUGAAGUCUCUGGAUGGAGAGGUUUACAGAAACGUGGAGUUUGAUGUUUGGCAGGACACCUGCAAAGAGAUGCAGAAGACAGACUACAUGGUGUUUGCAGGGAGGCAGUACUUCCUGGGAGACAAGUGUCAGGUGCGUCUGGAGCCGAAGGGGAAGUACUACAACGCCUUCAUCCAGGAAGUAGGAACUCAUUCAUCAGCCGUCACCGUCUUCAUCGAGGAGCUGGGAGAGAAACACCUGGUUCCUCUGACUGAUCUGAAACCAGUGAAUCCAGUUCCAGCCUGGAAUGUUGCUGCUCCCACUAGGAAAGGAGACCUUGACUCAGACUCUCGUGGUCAGCGCCAUCACCGCCAUCGUUACUUCAGGAAGUCCCGGGGAAGCAGCGGGAUGAAGGGGGCAGAGCUGCUGAUGCCACCACCCUCCUCAUAUGGAGGCCCGGCCCCCUCUGCCCUGCCCCCUCGCUUCCAGCCAGCGGGCCACCCUCGCCCUCCCCCUCCCCCAUCACCCGGAGCAAUGACCUAUGACCCCUAUGCACCCCCGCACCACCACCAUCCCACAGCCAGACCUCCUCGCUACGGAGCCUCCAGAAGCUCCACCCGCUUCCUGAACCGUCACCUGAUUGGUCCACAGCUGACCUAUUACCACCCUGGCAGACGAUAUUACCAUGACUAUGAGAACUACGCCUUCAGGUCACGUCGCAGUCGGCGUCAGCUGGCGGCGGCUCUGAAUAAAGAGUGUCAGUUCGGUUUCCCGGCGGAGACGGUGGACGAGCCGGCUGAUCUGGACGCAGCCAUCGCGUACUACCAGCUGGACGACGCCAACGACGCCGUUUUCCCUCCGCUGCCGAGUCCAGGUGUGGCUCCGCCCCCCAACAUGGGAGCACCGCCCCCUCCAGCUGGCUCCUCCUACAGAGUCCAAAGAGGCCCGGGGCCCCUCCCCCCCGCACCUCCACCCGGAAACACCCCCGUCUGUUCGUCCGAGGAGGACCAGGAGGACACGAGCACUGUGGAGGACCAGGCCGAGUACACAGACGAGUUCAUCUACAGCGCUCAGGAUCAGAGCUACCAGACGUCAGGUGUUUACACUGCUGCUGAGCCCUCCGCCACCCAGGACGAGCAGGAAGGAAGCGCUGCUGACUCACCGACAAGAGCAGAGAUGAACUACAGCUACACACAGCAGGUAGUGAAGCCGAUGACAGUCAUCUGCUCUUCACCCUCCUCUUCCUCCUCCUCACCCUCCUCUUCAUCAUCUCGUGUACCUGCAGCUGCUCACCUGCCACCAGCCGCUCACACACAGCCUCGCUCAGUUGCCAUGGCGAUCCCAGCUGCCUCCCCCUGGUUGGUUAACGAGUUGGGUGAGCCUCUCUGCACUGUGGUGGCUCCACCCCCUUACUCCUAUGACCCUAACGGCAGUGAUUUACCCCGAGACUGCAGAGUCCUCCAGUAUUACUUCAACCUGGGAGUUCAGUGGUACCAUCAGAGCUGCUGGCAGCAGCAGCAGCAGGCGUACCCCGCCACGUCUCAGGAGGCCUCCUACCCCUACCAGCACUACCCCCCCUACCUGAGCCAGGACCCCCCCCUGCACGCUGCCCCCCCUUCCUACCCUGAGGCAAGUCGAGGCCCCCAUCAGCCCCCCUCUUCCUACUCAGAAUCCACAAGAGCCGGAGACGGACAGACGGAUGGACACGGCAGUGGCCCCACCCCCUCAAUGGAAGGCUCAUCCUCCAGCAGCCCUGCCCCUCCAGGCCCCGCCCCCUCCUCAUCACUCCUGUACCCGGAGCAGGCGCCCCUCCCCCCUCCCCCACUUCUGCACCUGCCGUAUGAAGCUCCGCCCUCAGCCGCCUACCUGCCCUCUGCCCCUCCUCUUCCUCACCCUCACCCUGCUCACCUCACCCACCACUCCUCCUACCAUACCUGCCUGCCCCCUUCCACUCACUGGGGGGCGCUCCAGACCGGAGGCCACGCCCCACGAGUCUACUGCCCAGCCCCCAACCCCGCCCACAUGGUCGGUUACAUCACAGCUCCACCCCCCCACCACGCAACCACACACUACAUUCCCCCGACCAUCUAAAACACACACACACACGUGUUACUCGUUAGCGCACAACUAACCACGCCCCAUGUUACUGAGGGGGCGGGGCUGCGUGGCGUUCAUGUUUCAGUCCCUGUUUGUUGUCGAGGGAUAAAUUUGUGUUCAUGUUCUAACUGGUGACGGUGGUUUUUUUGUUCCUGGGAGAAUAAAGUUCAUUUUUCAGCAGCAGAAA